AUUGGCCCUUGUGGUGCAAUACCCGCUUGGUGUAUAUAUACCGUCGUCGUCAGUGAUCAUUGCUCCGUGCCUCUUACUCCCUUCUGCAGGAGUGAGGUAGUCUCGUAAAGUUCUUUAGUGAGAAUUUAAUUUUUGUAGUUAUUUUCGGCUUUGUUUGUAUUUAGGUCUUGACCUAGUGAGCAAGUCAGAUAGGACUGUCACCUGACACAAACGAGUGAUUCUUUCCGUCAACUCUUUUACGGACUUUCUACAAGUAACGUUGUUGCUGAAACCUUCAAAGAGAAGAGGUAAUUUAAUCACGUUCAAAUCCACAAGUCCAGAGGGUUUGAAAAAAAUAUCAAUCUGUUCAAGCAACAGUCCCAAGAAGGUUCAGUUGACCAGGUUAUGUCAUUUGCAUCAGGACAAUUGUGCAGAUUUUAUUCAAGAGGAAAGGUAUGUCGAUACGGUGACGCUUGUCGAUAUCAGCACACAGUAAGGGAUUUAUCAACGUCUACUGAUCAUCUACCGGGUGGACAACUUGUUGAAGAAUCCCCUCCAUCACUUCUGAACCCAGACAAAGAGGUUUAUCCCAAGAUCACUACUGAAGGUAACAAUGAAGGCCUAAAUCAGGAAAACUGUGAUCAGAUUGUUUCUCAGACGAGCAACAUUUCAAGUGAAAAUACCACAAGUAUCAAAAUAUGCAGCUUUUUUGCUAAGCGCAAGUGGUGCAGUUUUGGUAGGAAGUGUCGUUUUCUCCAUGAAAUUCCUGACACUCAAAAUGCAGUAAAUCAAGCAUCUUCAACUGCUCCUGUUCCAUCCAUUGAAGAUUCAUUAUCUUUUCAACAAAAGGACAAUGAUGAUUUUCAAGCAGUAGACGGAAAACCAGCACCUGAAACUUCUCAGGAUGACAAGAAUAAUGAAAGAAAAAUUUGUAAUUUCUUUGCUAGAACCGGACGUUGUCACUAUGGGCAACGAUGCCAUUUCAGACAUGACAGAACCCGUCGGAAGGUUGUUAAACCUUCACAAAAUGUCGACCAAGAAAGUAAGAAAGAGACAAUGCAGGCUCCAGAGAAAUCUGAGAGAGCGGCUAAUCAGUCUGAACCAACCAGAGGUAACAAGAGACUUUGUCCUUAUUUCAAGAAAGGAUACUGCAAGUGGGGAGAGAGAUGUCGGUUUUGGCAUCCCGUGGACAUGAUGAAUGAUUUGACUGAAAAUUUUAAUGAGUCAGUUGAAAUUCAAGAAACACCUAAUGAUGGUGUUGAAUCCACAAACGAGUCUGGAGCCAGACAACAGACAGGCUCAGGUCGAAGACAGCAGACCUUCCCCAACAGGCCCCCUGUAAGGCCCCCCAAUCAGAAAAUCCUUUUGAAGAGAGAGACAGCCUCACAAGAGGAAAUGGAUAAGCUAAGGAAGACAGAGGUUGAUCAGCUGCAAAAAAGAUUUCCCAAAGACAGGUGCAAAGUCAUUAAAGACGGUCCAGACACUUUUCAGUGUAAUGUCAACUUCCAUCCAAGUGACCCUGAUUGGCCAUAUGAUGUCAAGAACUUUGAACUUGAAUUCACUAUUCCUUCAACCUAUCCCCAGGAGAUGUUGAGUAUCUCUCUGCCAGAGGAUCAAGAUUUGCCUGCUACAGUGAGAAGAUACUUGAACAGUUGUGUUGUUGGCUGGGUGAAGGAGAAGCGUGACAAUUUGGAAUCGCAAGGAAAUUAUGAGAUUAUCUUCAGACCAUUUCUCCGAUGGUUUGACAAAAGCCUUGAAGCAAACGUUACUGAAGCAUUGAGACAGAUGAAAAGAGAAAUCGUGGCUAAAGCAGCUGGCUUUGAGUUCAUUAGUGCCACAGAGCUGCAGGAAAAGUACAAGGCAUCGGAAAAUAACGAUGACUCUGAACUGACCGGCUCGGAGGAGGGAUCGGAUGAGUUCACCGACAUUGAUUCAGAGGAAACUGUCUCGGACGAGGACAGUGAACCCACAACUGUCUCCAACAAUGCUGACCGUGAUGUGGACACAGAGAGGAAAGGAACACAGAUCACUUUGAAAAAUUUGCAGUUGCGAGAAGGAGCAUCCACCUUGAUGUAUGACAAGAUUCACAUUAAUAUUCAGUGUGGACGAUGUAAAAAUCACACUGACUUCAACUCUCCUUCACAAAGAGUCAACUCGGUGUCCUGCAGCAAGUGUAACCAGACCCAGCUGCUUACCUUCAGACCAGUACUCAUGCACCAGUUCUCAUCAAUCAUGGGCUACCUUGACCUUGAAAACUGCACAGCCUUUGACCUCGUGUUACAAGAGUGUGUGGCAAGGCUUGGCUGUGACAACUGCUCCAAAGAGUCGAAGAUUGAUGGUCUGUCUCCUGGUCAGGUGUCCAACACCUGGUGUCGUCACUGUCAUCAGAAGAUGAAGAUUGCUGCAGACUCAGUACAGUUUUUUCAACUGCAGCCAUCUGGUGUCGUGACAGACCCCAAGCAGAAAGUUCACGAGGUUGCCGCUAAGAAACGAAGGGUACCAAAGGACCCUGCAAUCCAAGAGGGAAAACCACUGCCAGCCAAUGGUACCUGUAAACACUACAAGAAAAGUUACCGCUGGUUCAGGUUCCCAUGCUGUGGUAUGGUGUAUCCGUGUGAUGUGUGUCAUGACGAGCAGUCCGACAGUCAUGAGAUGGUGUUUGCCAACAGGGUCAUCUGUGGCUUCUGCUGCAAGGAACAGAUCUAUGCCCCAGACCGACCAUGUACAACUUGUCAGCAGAUGUUGACACGAGGGAAGUCUUCACACUGGGAGGGAGGACUGGGUUGUCGCAACAAGGUCAAGAUGAGCAAGAACGACAGUCAGAAGUACAGUAAUACGAACAAGACCAUAUCCAAACAAGCUCAGAAGCUGAAGGAGAGCAGGCAGAAGAAGGGAGCCAAAUCUCGACAUGCCUAGCAACGCUUUGUGUGCUUGCUGUUUUGUCAGAUUACUCAGCUGUUACCAUGUUUGGAAGACAUUUACAUAUCAUAAACAGUGAUGUUAGUGCUGUUAGCUGCAAUCUACUAAUAUAUAGAGGCAGUUAGAUUUGAAUUCAAGUUGAGAAAUUCAGUCCUGCACAUAUUUGUUCAAAUUAGAAAUUAAUUCUGUUAUAAUUGUAGUUAUGUUUUAUACCUUUCUAAGAACUUGAUUAUUAAUGUCCUUAAUGUUUUUCAACUAAACUUGGCAUAUGAAUUGCUCAUCAGCUUAACUGAGGCCUUUUGAUGUUUAGAAGUUUUUCUAAAUUUUGUUUUGUUUCCAUCUAAACAUUUUGGACUCAUUGCCAAGUCAACUCUACAGCUAAUGAAUAUUACAUAAACCUGUACAAAUGAAUAGAAAAAAUACUCUAGGGUAGAUCCUGGUAUAUUUAAUAACCUAGACGAAUGAAAUAUGCAGAUAGACACUGUGGCUUAUCAGUGAAUAAAGUAUUUAGAUAUUUA